AUGAUCCAUGAUGUGGAGUUGGAGUUGAGUGAGCUGUUUUUUUUAACCAAGGAAUCGUUAUUUUUGAGGUUCCCACCCACGUCGCCAUCUAUAACCAUUACAAUUGAUGAUUUUUUGAUCAGCUUAACCCAGAAGAAACCUAAUUAUUUACAGCUAAUUGAUUACACUUAUUUCUUAAUAAAGGAUGAACAAUUAAAUUUAAAACAACUAUUGAAAGUUUGGGAAAUAAGAUUAGUCUUAUUACUUUUCAAUAACCAAUUAACAUUUGCCAAAAAGGAAGCGAUCAAUUUGAACAAUUCAUUAUACCAAUUUGAAAAUGGGACAUCUUUCCAGCCUAAUCAACCCUCCUUACAAAUGGAGGCAAGUCGAAUGAACUCGAUGAGUUCCAAUAGUUCUCUCAAUAGCUUAUCGAAAACCGCACAGCCAAUCUAUCCAUUGCCCAAGAAUAAUUCGGGGAUCAUCCAAUACGACUUAUUAAUAUUAUUAUUGAGAUUAAAAUCAAUACCAAAUCUCAAUUUAGUGAACGAUAUAUAUAAAUUGAGUUAUCAAAUGAGAUUAGGAGCCACCGCCAAAGACGAUGGCCAACUCAUGAUCAAGUUAAUAAACCUAAGUUAUGAAAUUAUAGUGGCAUUAUCUAUAACCAAGAAUUAUAUUAGUUUAAUUCAAUUUUUAAAAUCAUUGAGGUACGAUUUGCAAGGUCAAAAAACCCAGCUAUACGAAAAGUACUAUUCAAAUAUAACUUUACUAUUAAUAAUCAUUGAGAUCUUGAAUCAUAACGAUCAGUCGUUUGAACACAUUUACUCCGAAGUCAAUAAUGAAUCAGUCAACUGUCUUGCAUACGUCUUGGACAAUGUCUCCCCUACACUACCUACACCCACCAAUGAACCGGUGGUUGAAUCACCGGAACCUGAAACUCUAAAACAAGUUAACCAUGAGGAAAAGCGGAUCCAAUACGAAGAACUCCGAUCCAAACUAAACAAUGGGCAGAUCACCGGCCGUAUAAUCUGCUCGCUCUUGGGUUUAUGGGACCUAUCCAAUAUGUACCAAGGCUAUUUUCGAGAAACCCAGGGGAACAAGUUGGUAUUUAAACUUCAAAUUGAAGAUCACGAUGCCCCUGAAAUCACCAAGCUCGACGAACUAACCAGCGAGCAAUUAGAGCUCCGCAUCAACCUUGCCUAUGACCAAGUCACCAAAAAAUGGAGUAAACACAUUCAUAAAGUAUAUGGAUUAGAAUAAUCAUGUAUAUAGAAAUACCCUAAUAGAAUUAAUGUUGCAACAC